CAUUCACAUCUUUUAUAUACGUCAACACUUACGCAGGCACAUUGGAUUCACAUAUAUAUACAUAUACAUACACACACACACACACAGAGAGCAGAGUCAAGAGCAGUUUAUGAACAGAGUCAAGAACGCACAACUUAUCACAGAUAGAAGAAGCGAAGAGCACAUGAUCAUGACCACAAUGCAAGAUUUAUCUUCUACGGUGUCGUUUAGCCCCAGCUUCAGUAUCUACGCCUCCAGUGACCUAGUCGAAGCCGCCGUUAGAGUUGUCCGUGAGUCAGAGAGUUAUUAUUCCGUUAAAGUUGACAGCGUAAACGAUAAAGAAUUCGAGUUCGAGACAUCACCGUUACGUGACGAGAGCUUCUUCCGUUUUCCGACGACGGCUUUCAAGUUCUCAUCGGAUGAUGAUGACGUGGGAGCCGAUCGAGUGAUCACGUCUAAGGAUAUUUUCUACGGUGGAUGGAGUAUUGAUCCGCCUAUAUCUUCGCCGACUGAGUCGCAUUCAUCGUCGGAGUCUGACGAUUUGGAGAAAGUUUCUCCGAGCAGAUGUUUCUGGAGUCCGACAAGGUCUCCGGCGAUAGGAGAUGGCUUGAAGAUGAAGAGUAAAUCUUCGAGCGAGCCGAGACGUUGUCGUAUUAGGGAGUUUCUGAGGAGAAGCCACAGCGACGGAGCUGUUUCGACAUCGAGCGCAUCAUCCAAACGGUGCAGUUUCAAGGAUCUUCUGAGAAGAAGCCACAGCGACGGCGGAGGCGGCGGCGAGGGGUCUUCGAGUUCGUCUAGCGGAAAGGGCUCGCCGGUAGUGAAAGGGAGUAAGAAAACGAAAACGGUGUCAUAUAAGCCUGAAAUGGUCCAGAGAAGAAAGUCUUACUUACCUUACAGGCAAGAUUUGAUCGGCGUUUUCGCCGGGAUGAGCAGAUUCCGUCAUUAACAAAGUUUUGAUUAUUAUUAUAAUCCUAAUUCUUUAUUAUCUCCACUAAUAAAUCUAAAGAGAGAUCCUUGUUUGCAUAUACUUUUUUCUUUUUUGACCAUGUAAAACUUUUUGGUUCUAUUAAAUUCCAAAUAUACUUGUGUUCUUGACUUUUCCACUGAAAUGUUGUGCUAUGUGUAAGACUUUCGACUGUAUUUAAUAUGUUCACGAA